AUUUGCGAGCGCAUAGAGCCGCCUUGGUGAACCUGUAGAAGGUUCGUCAGAUGCGCCGUUCAUCGCGUGCAUACCAAUAAGGGCGGGCGGGGUCCGACUCUUACAUUAGAAACGUAACACGCGCGGUGGUGAUGGUGGUGGUGCUGCUGGUGCCGUGUCUCAUUUUCCGUUUGCCGACCGAUUGACUGACAACACCGACAGCACCAUGGCCGCGUUCAACCUCCUGCAACUGUGGCUCUUUCUGAUGGCCAUAAUUUGGUGGCCGACCAGAGGUCAUCAACUCGGCUCGCGGUGCCACCACGACGAGGACUGCACAAUGGAAAUGUCCGGCGGAGUCAUGUGCGACGAGGGCCGCUGCGAGUGCUCGCCUCAUCACGUGCCAUUCAACAAAAGCACCUGCAUACAAGCCAGUUUGCUCGGCUUUGGUUGCGUGCUUGACUCGCAGUGCCGAGACAGAGUGGAGAACAGUUCUUGCAGGAACGGCUCGUGCAGGUGCGACGCUGGUUUCGUCCCUUUCAAGCGACACGCGUGCCUUCCACCGGCCCAGUUGGGCAAAAUCUGCUACUCGGAGGAGCAAUGCCGCAUGUGGGACUCGGACUCGAAGUGCGAAUACAUCAUUCCCAAUGUUAUUGGCCGGUGUCAGUGCACGGCUGCGUCCCACCAGCUCGGCGUGCAGUGCUUGCCAAGGGCUGUCGAUGUCGAUCAUAACGAUAACAAUGCGGUUGAGAUAAGCUCGUUCGAGAACUCGACGCCCGUGAGCUUGGGCCUACGGUGCAUCAGCGACUCUCAGUGCAGUGCCGCCGACCCACAUUCCCGCUGCCUGAACGGAAUCUGCGACUGCAGAUUCAACAAUGGCUCAGCCGUGCCUCCCUGCAGUGCACUCAACACUGGCUGCUACCCCGGAACCUUCCAGUGCCGAGCAACUGGUGCGUGCAUCAGUUGGUUCUUCGUGUGCGACGGUCGAGCACACUGUGCUGACGGCUCGGACGAGGACGGCUGCAAAGGACCGCGGUGUCCACCAUUGAGUUUCAAGUGCAAAAGCGGAGGCUGCGUCAGCCGUGCGUCACUGUGCGACGGCGUCAACGACUGCAAAGAGGGCGAAGACGAGCAGGGUUGCCAGGGGGAAAAGACUUGUCCGUCGUACACGCUACGAUGUCGAGGCUCUGCUGGUGAAUCACGCUGCCUUCCUGAAUAUGAAUUGUGCAACGCGGUCAAAGGGUGUCCCGACGGCAGUGACGAGAUGAGGUCAGUGUGUCGAGGAAAAAGAGGAAAAGGAAUACCCGGCCUGACAAAUACUCCAAAUUGCCCAUUCCGUUGUGCGAAUGGAAGAUGUAGGUCCUCUGCAGUUAUUUGCUCUGGAAGAGAUGGUUGUGGAGAUAACUCGGAUGAAGAGCAGUGCUCUAUAUGCAAGUGUCCAUCAUCAUAGAGGAUUACGGAAAAUAUUUAAAAACGUACACUCAACUCGGAGAAUAGAACUUCAUAAAAUAUUUAAAUUAACAUCAACACUAUUUCUUGCGUGUUUAGAAAAAUCUUGUGUAAUAUAUUAUCAUCAUGAAAAUAAAUUAAAAAAUAUAUGUAAAUAAA